AUGGCGCUCAGUCCUCCUCACCGGCCAAACCCCACUCUCCACGGGAGCAAUCAUCGUCUAGAGGCUCCGGCGACGGUGCCAGGUCGCCACCGGCUCCUGCGCACCGUGGCGGGCCCACCAUGCUGGAAAGUUCCUCAUCGCCGCCUGCGUCUGCUGCUCGAGGAAGACGGCGCCGAGGAGGAGGAAGAGGCCUCACAAUCCCAUGCAUUACUACGCGGAUUCGUCGUCGUCGGUGUGCAAAGGUACAUCACGCAUCUACUCGUGGUUCUUGGUUUCUUGCUUUUGAAUCUUGAUGUGCUCCAUGAGGGAAGAGAGAAGCAACAAAUCUGA